AUGGCAAAGACUGAGAUCGCAAGGAUGACAAACAUAUUUAAAGGGGCUUAUGAACAAGGACAAACAAGCCAAACAGCUUGCUCAAGAACACCAGGAGGCCAUCAACAAUAUCCUAAUAUCAUUCAAGAUCCUGUGAAGUUUAACGACACCAUUCACAAGGGUAUGCCCCACAAGUUCUACCAUGGCCAAACUCGGCGUGUCUGGAACAUCACCAAGCACGCUAUUGGCGUGGAGGUUAACAAGCAGGUUGGGAACUGCAUCAUUAAGAAGAGGAUUCAUGUUCGUGUGGAGCAUGUCCAGCCCUCUAGAUGCACUGAGGAGUUCAGAAACAGAAAGUUAAGGAACGAUAAGCUCAAGGCCGAGGCCAAGUUGAAGGGUGAGGCCAUCAGCACCAAGAGGCAGCCAGAGGGUCCCAAGCCAGGUUUCAUGGUCGAAGGAGCUCAGUUGGAAACUGUCACCCCCAUUCCUUAUGAUGUUGUCAACGAUCUCAAGGGUGGUUAUUAG